GAUUGUUAUCUUCGUUGGAAGCGUUGGAUGUGUUUAUGACCAGAGAUCAGAUGACAGACAUGAGAGACAAUUUGAAGAUAUGGUUUGAAGGCCAUCGAGACAUGCAUUGCGAUUAUUAUCUUCAGAAUCGGUUCUUACCAUUGGACCAGUACUACGAACUCAGGAGCAAAGAAUCGGGGUGGCUAUUGUUCACAUUGCUUGUGGAAAUUUGUGCGGAUUACUCGCCCCCAGAAUCGGUGCUCAAAUCCGUACCAAUGGAUACAUUCCGGGUGUCGACCACACGACUGGCUCUGGCAGUCGACGACUACAUAACAUUUAAGACAAAAAUGGCCGCCAAUGACGUCACCAAUGGUCUCAUGGCCUACGCCUACAUCGAGAAGUGCCGUCUUCAGACGGCAAUCGACACACAGUUUCAGCUCAUUAAGGACUUGGAGGCCGAGUGUCAGUCUCUCUCCGACACUAUAGCCACCAAAUUGGACGCCGAGUUUGAGACACCGGCGCUCGUAUUGUAUAUGAAUUCACUGAUUGGUAUGUCUUAUGGCAUGUAUGCCGGGGUUGCCAUCCUAUACGCGUACGAAGAGAGGGAUGGACUGCUUUGCUGUCCA